AUGGCUCCAGAGCGCUACUCUUUGGCCGACGUGCUGUCGAUUGCCCGGAUCCAUCCCUUCUACUGUGAAGAUGUCCAGUACCCCCCUAACGCCGAUGCGAUCCAGGCUGCGCUCGAACAGUCGACCAAGGAGACGGCAACUUCCGACCUCCUAACACAGCCUUUACUUGAAAAGAAGUCUAUCUACAAGGCGGUCGAGCGGCUGGUGAAAGAUGCCAGCCCGGAGAACACCUACCGUCAGAGCUCAUAUAUGAGCAUCACCGGCGGCGGCGGCGGCGGCGUCCCCAUGUUGUUUGCCGUCGACGUGCACGAGAACCGUCAACAACGAAUGCAAAUGGGGAAAUUCCUCCGUCUUUGUCGCGUCAUCGACCCGAGAGACUGGGUGCUGUCGAUUCAUGUUGCGGGCGGAUUCUACCGGUCCCUGGAUCUCACGACGGAAAUCAUGGAGAAUGCCGGGGCGACUGUCCUCAGCGGCGGAAACAACAUGACGCUGCAGGAGAUCAUCCAGGCGCUGGUCCAUUAUCGAGUCAACGUAUUGACCGGCGACGGAAGCCAGGUCGUCCAAGUAAUCCACCACAUCUCGACCCUCCCGCCGGUAGAACGCGCUGGCAUCACGCUCAACAAGAUCAUCUAUACCUCAGAGCCCCUCACGCGCCCACAACGCGACCUCGUGCGCGCCACUCUUCCAGGGGUAGCGAUCUACUCCGUCAUGGGCAGCUCCGAGGCCGGGCCGUGGGCAAUCAGCAACCCUCACCUAACAGGCGAGGAAACCCUCGUCACGGACAGCAGCGGCACAGCGGACUUUGUCUUCGACACGCGCAACAUGCACAUCGAGAUCCUGCCGCAGACCCUCCUUACUGAGGGCGGCUCCUUAGGCAGCUUACACUCCCACCCGCUUCCCCUGGGCGAACCGGGAAUCAUCGUACAGACCUCCCUGCAGCGACUCCGCAAUCCCCUCGUCCGGUACAUCACCGGCGACAUCGGAUCGCUCCACCCCCUCCCCGAACCCGCCAGCGCCCUUAUCCCCGCCUGCGAGCGGCAGUACCUGCGCGUGCUGCGCAUGCAAGGCCGCGACCGCCGCUUCAGCUUCAAGUGGGACGGCUAUUACAUCGAGUUCGAGAACUUGAAGGCCCUCAUGCAGGCGGAGGGGUACGGUAUUCUUCAGUGGCAGGUGAUCCUGGACCAGCUCGAAGACUCGCUGCAGAGAACCCUGGAAGUGCGUCUCCUUCAGGCGCCGUCCGGGGAGCGGGGAAUCAUUGCGCGGGAGGAAUUGAUCAAGCGCGUGCGGGAUUUCUUUCUUGUCCUUCCGGAGAACGAGGGCCUUUUUCGGCUGGUCUUUGUGGACGAUCUGGAUGGGUUCGAGCGGAGCUCUACAGCUGGGAAGGUUAUCCACUUUAUAGAUCGGCAGCAUUGA